AUGUCGUAUAACAGAGCAAAACGUCAUCCUGGUACGACGCCAGCAAAUGUUAAACAAGCAUUUGAAAAUCUAGAUGAAUUACACGAAUUUGAUACAGAAUUAAAUCAAUCAGUAGACCCAGAGCAACAAUCAUUAUAUGAAAAAGCAUUUUUUACAUUUCAGAAUACUACCGUGGAAGUUGAACUUAAAAGUGAUAUUAUAAUAUGGACGAAUUUAAAUGGAGAAAUGGGUUCAAAAGGAGAAGCAACACGUCCUGGUUCCUAUAAAAGUCAUCAAAAAAUGAAACAUUCAUCUUAUUCAUUAAGUUUACACAAUGUCUACGCUGUAACACCAGUUUACAAUUGUUUGAAUGAAACAUCGAAUGCUGGUGGAAAUGGUGUAACUGUUGCCAGCUCACCAUUUGUGCAAAAUGUUCAAUUAAUUGGAUUUCAGUUGCAUACAUACGAAGAAGCAAAGAAAAAUAUUUUGCAAGACAUUAUUGUAGUAUUUCAAACAAAUCUUCCAGUUCAAAUUGAAAAAUGGUUUCAAAUACUAGAAAGAUAUGUACACACAUUUUAUCCACCACGUAACAUUCUUGUUUUCUGUAAUCCGUACUCGGGACCAAAAAAUGGUCGAAAUGUAUAUGAUACAAAAAUAAAACCAAUUUUAGAUGCAGCUCAAUAUAACAUUACUUAUACGGUUAUUAUUGGUGGUGAUGGAACGGUUAUAGAUACUUUAAAUGCAAUCACACGUUAUUUAUCAAAAGUCAAUCGUAUUCCAUUAGAUAUUGAUCAAGAACCGCCACCAUUCCCAUUUCCGUUGUGCAUCAUUCCUAAUGGUACAACAAACAUAAUUUGUCAUUCUAUUCACGGUGGAACUGAUCAAACGACACCGUUAUUCUACUUAUUAUUCAAUCGUCGAAUAAAAAUUGAUUUAUCAGUUGUUUAUGAUAAUAAUUCAUUUCUUACCUUCAAUAUGAAUACUGGUUGUGGAUUUCCGGCAACAGUAUUAAAAUAUUUUUCACGUUAUACAUCUCUUGGACAAAAAAAAGUCAUUCAAAAAUCAUUUGGAAAAGCAGUAUCAAAUAAAAAUUUAAAGCCAAUUGAUGUAGAAAUUCGGUACAUACCAGCGGAUGAAAAUGAAAAUUCAUCAUUUCGAUGUUAUCGAGGAUGUUCGAUUUGUGGUACACAAUCCAUAAAUGAUACUUAUAAUGAUCAAGUAUUAGCGUUUGAUGAUAAUUCUGUACAAGUAAUGAAAAAACGUCCAUCCUUAACAUCGUUGAAUAACGCAAAUAAUGAUUCAAUUUUAAAUCGAUCAUUGUCAAAUUCAAAACAUAAAAAAUCAUCGUCAAAACAUAAUUUUAUACAGUCACAAAUGAUAUCAUCACCACAAUGGAAUAUUAUUCGUAAUCCAUAUUUACAAGUUUUAGUUUUGACAAAUGCAUCAUUAUGGGAUUUUGCACCACAAGGUUUAUCAAAAUUUGGACAUUUAUCUGAUGGACUACUCGAUCUUGUUCUAAUACGUGAUACAACAAGAAAAGAAUUUUUACGAUAUAUUAGACGAAAUGGAAAUUCAAAAAAUCAGUUUGAAUUUCCAUUUACAGAAAUAAUUAAAGUAAAAGAAGUUGAAAUAGAAAUCAAAUCAACAGAUGAGAUAAAUGAAAAUUUUGAAAAUAAAAACAAUCGUCAAAUUAAUAUGUCCGAUUCAUCAAGUGAUCAGUCAGAUAAUGGUUUUGAUACUAAUAAACAACAUCAAAACUCAUUGCCAUCAUUUAUUGAACCACGUCCACCUAGUGCACCAGCUCCCAGUGUAUCCCGUCGUUAUCGUCGAUCUCAUCGUUUAACCGAUGAUGAAAUAUCAUCUCCUCCUAUUCAAUCUAAUCCUCCAUUAUUUUCAAGCAAAAGUAUGGACGUAUCACAUUUUACUAUCGAACAUGAAGACGAUGACGACGAACAAUUACCUCAACAGACUCAAACUCAUAGUCUACAAAAAGAACAAUUUGGAUCAACAACAUCUCUCUCACGUUUUAAAAGUGGAAAUAUAUUUAAAUCAUUACGAUCAAAAAAACAUAAAAGUAAUCCAAAAUUACCGCUUGCACGACCAUCAAGUGCCAAAGGUGACAUUUCAGAAGACAAUGAUAAUCACAAACGAAAAAAUCGACGAUCAGGAGAAACAUUCAAAUCGGCAAGAUCAUUACUUAGUUUAUUUGCCAGUGGUAAUUCAACAUCAAAAGAAGAUAAAUCAUCAUCACAACAAGACUUAUCAAUGUCGACUAUUGCCAGACAAUCAUCAAAUGAUAGAAAUGAUAGUCUAGAUUAUAGUGUAUCAAGACGACCACCAUCUGUUACAGAUUUUAUACAAAAAAAGAAAAACUAUUGUGUAUGGAAUCUUGAUUUUAAUCCUCAUAAUUCAUCGACAAUAAGAAUCAAAUGUUUUCGAAAGUUUUUGCCAAUAUUUGGUAUAGGCUUAGAUCCGGAUACCAAUUUCAAAGACGUGAAUUUGUCAUGUUUCCCAUCUAUGGGUUAA